ACAUUUCUAUAACUCUGUUAUUUUACAGAAAGUGGAGACCCCACUGCACAUGGCAGCCAGAGCCGGGCACACGGAAGUGGCCAAAUAUUUGCUCCAGAACAAAGCCAAAGUCAAUGCCAAGGCCAAGGAUGACCAGACCCCACUUCACUGUGCAGCUCGCAUUGGCCACACAAACAUGGUGAAGCUCCUGCUGGAAAAUAACGCCAAUCCCAACCUGGCCACGACCGCUGGGCACACCCCCCUGCACAUUGCAGCCCGAGAGGGCCAUGUGGAGACGGUCCUGGCCCUCCUGGAAAAGGAAGCAUCCCAGGCAUGCAUGACCAAGAAAGGAUUUACCCCUCUCCAUGUGGCUGCCAAGUAUGGGAAGGUUAGGGUGGCCGAGGUGCUGCUGGAACGGGACGCACAUCCAAAUGCUGCUGGAAAACAGAAUGGCUUGACCCCUCUGCACGUGGCCGUCCAUCACAACCACCUGGACAUCGUCAGGCUGCUGCUUCCCCGGGGCGGCUCCCCACACAGCCCCGCUUGGAAUGGCUACACCCCUCUGCACAUUGCUGCCAAGCAGAACCAGAUUGAGGUGGCCCGCAGCCUGCUGCAGUAUGGGGGGUCAGCAAAUGCAGAGUCGGUGCAAGGUGUGACACCCCUUCACCUGGCCGCCCAAGAGGGUCACGCAGAGAUGGUGGCUCUGCUACUUUCGAAACAAGCCAAUGGCAAUCUGGGGAACAAGAGCGGACUCACCCCCCUCCAUCUGGUAGCACAAGAAGGCCACGUUCCAGUGGCAGAUGUGCUGAUCAAACACGGUGUCAUGGUGGAUGCCACCACCCGGAUGGGUUAUACCCCACUCCACGUGGCCAGUCAUUAUGGAAAUAUCAAGCUGGUAAAGUUUCUGCUACAGCACCAGGCAGACGUCAAUGCCAAGACGAAGCAAGGAUACAGUCCCUUGCACCAGGCGGCCCAACAGGGACAUACAGACAUCGUGACACUGCUUCUCAAAAAUGGUGCUUCCCCAAACGAGGUCAGCUCGAAUGGAACCACACCUCUGGCAAUAGCCAAGCGCUUAGGCUACAUCUCUGUAACAGACGUGCUCAAGGUUGUCACGGAUGAAACCAGUUUUGUGUUAGCCAGUGACAAGCACCGGUUGAGUUUCCCUGAGACGGUAGAUGAGAUCCUGGAUGUCUCUGAAGAUGAAGGGGAAGAACUCGUCUCCAAGGCUGAGAAACAGGAUUCCAGGGAUAUCGAUGAAGAGAAGGAGCUGCUGGAUUUUGUGCCGAAGCUAGACCAAGUGGUGGAAUCUCCAGCCAUCCCCAGGAUCCCAUGUGUCACACCUGAGACAGUGGUGAUUAGAUCUGAGGAGCCAGAACAGGCGUCUAAGGAGUAUGAUGAAGACUCACUCAUCCCCAGCAGCCCGGCCACAGAGACCUCAGACAACAUCAGCCCAGUGGCCAGCCCCGUCCACACA